AAUUUAUUUCCGACUAAGGGAGCACAUUAGGUGUCUCAUAUUCAUCAAACUUUGAGGAUUAGAAAUGCUAUCAAUUGAAAUUUUGUGUACUACUACAGUCGUAUAUCUUCAAACUUUGUGGACCAAAAUUGUGAUUUUCACCACGCAAAAUAAAUUUCUUUCCAAAUUAUAUAUAUAUUGUCCUGAGUUAUUUAUUUAAAAACCUCAUAAACCCUACACGCAGAGGUUCAAAAGUUGCAUUUUCAAGCAUAGGGAUACUCCGGCUUCAAUCUCUCCGGCGUCACUUUCCGGCAUCGUCCUCCAUGACGACAACGUCUGCCACCGCAAAAUUCGUACUCUCCGGCUGCUCACCUUCCUCUUCUCCGUCCACUUCCACCGCCCCCAACCGGCUCCUCCCUUUCACCAACCUCAAUUUCAAAUGCCGAGCUUUCCAUUCCGACCACCGGUUUAAUCGCCUCCUGAAUUUUCACGCCGGUUAUUAUAAGAGUCCCGCAUUUCUUUGCACUCGUACCGCCACACAUUCUCCGUCCUUCACUGCUGCUGCCCUAGCUACUGAAGCUUCUGCAAAAAUAAUUGAUGGAAAAUCGAUUGCCAAAGAUGUUAGAGAUGAAGUAGCUGCUGAAGUGUCUAGGAUGAAGGAGGCAAUUGGUGUUGUACCAGGGCUAGCAGUGAUCUUAGUAGGGGAUAGGAAGGAUUCUGCUACUUAUGUUCGCAACAAGAAGAAGGCUUGUGAAUCUGUAGGAAUAAAUUCAUUUGAAGUGCGCUUGCCUGAAGAUUCCCCAGAAGAAGAAGUGCUAAAACAUAUCAGGAGCUUCAAUGAUGAUCCUGCCGUCCACGGCAUCCUUGUUCAGCUGCCCUUACCAUCUCAUAUGAAUGAGAAGAAAGUCUUAGAUGCUGUUUGCAUUGAGAAAGAUGUGGAUGGAUUCCAUCCUUUGAAUAUUGGUCGCCUUGCUAUGCGGGACAGAGAACCGUUGUUUGUUCCAUGCACUCCUAAAGGAUGCUUGGAGUUGUUGCAUAGACAAGGUAUUGCUAUUAAAGGAAAGAGAGCAGUUGUUAUUGGCAGAAGUAACAUUGUCGGAACUCCGGCAGCUCAACUGCUACAAAGGGAGGAUGCAACUGUCACUGUGGUCCAUUCACGAACAACGAAUCCUGAAGAAUUCACAAGAGAAGCAGAUAUCAUAAUUGCAGCUGUAGGGAAGCCAAAUAUGGUGAGGGGUAGCUGGAUAAAGCCUGGUGCAGUUGUUAUUGAUGUUGGGAUAAAUCCAGUGGAGGUUUGAUAUUCUAUUCAUGACUAUUUAAGAAAUCUUAUUUUGCCCUAUGGCUGGUGCUUCCCCUGGCCUACAUCUUUGUUUGAUUAGGCUCUUAAAGGCUUGGUUUGGUUAAUAGCAUGCCUUAGUUCUCCUUUGUUGUUCCUUGUGUGUAUGAGUAAUAACACUUUUUCUGGAUGUGCAUUUGGGACAGGAUGCAAAGAGCUCCCGAGGCUAUCGUCUUGUUGGCGAUGUUUGUUAUGAAGAGGCUAGCAAGAUUGCAUCUGCAAUAACUCCAGUUCCUGGGGGAGUUGGGCCAAUGACCAUAGCCAUGCUGCUAUCAAAUACUCUCGUCUCUGCGAAGAGGAUUCACAAUUUCAAGUGACCCUCUGCCUUUUCAUCGUGCCUUAUACAAAAAUAAUGGAAGUGACCGGCCCAAUUCAUAACUAGUAAUGUUUUCGUAGCUGCUACUUUGCCUUAUAAAUUGCAUGUGUUUGGCUCACAUUACUACCUUUGCCAAACCUUUCGAUUCAAGAACUGUGUCUAUGAAUGCGUAAUCGUGGUUUAGACCUAGCUGCGACAGUGGCAGCCUCUUUUGGCUGAGCUUUUUGAAGAGGAUGAAUAUUAGCAAAUUACUUUUAGCUAAUCAGACAAAGAAGCUGAAGCUCUACGUUACAAGGCCAUACAAAGAAGUUGGUGGCUAACCGGGGAAAUGCCGCACUAUCAUGCUAAGGUUGUGUAUGCAUUGAUAGUUCUCUUCCUCUUUGAGCAACACAGGAGAUUUUACUAAUUUAAGGGUUCGAAACAUCUAAUGCAUUUGGUGCAUCAAUGAUGUUGAUUCAUCUUAGAAUCAAAUUGUUUGUAUUUUAGAACUGAUUUUUUUUGGUUAUACUAUUCCAUUGAUGACUCUUUUUUUGUCUUAUAAAGUGCUUACUAA